AUGACGACGAGUGGCAAUGCCCUGCUUCUCAAGAAGCAGCUGAUGGAGCUGCGUAAGAAUCCCGUCGAUGGAUUCAGUGCCGGCCUGAAGGACGACAGCAAUCCGUUCGAGUGGGAGAUCAUGAUCAUUGGCCCGAUGGACACGUUGUACGAGGGCGGCUUCCUGAAGGCGGAGCUCAUAUUCCCGCAUGAAUACCCCCUCCUGCCGCCGACGAUGAAGUUCAGAACGCCCAUGUGGCACCCCAACAUCUACGCGGACGGCACGCUGUGCAUCUCGAUCCUGCAUGCGCCUGGCAGAGACGAGUUUGGCUACGAGGACGCCAGCGAGCGCUGGCUCCCUGUGCACACCGUCGAGUCCAUUCUCCUCUCGGUCAUCAGCCUGCUGAGCUCCGACACGCCCAACACGGACUCGCCCGCGAACAUUGACGCAGCCAAGCAGGUGCGCGAGGACCCUGCUGGCUACCGAAAAACGGUUCGCCGCCUCGUGCGGCAGUCGAGUGAAGAGGCCUACGAGUAG